CUUCUUCCACUCCCUCCUACCUUUACCCCUCAGGAAUAUAGGUACCAUGUCAGUUCGCACACUGAAGAUUGGGCUCAUCGCUGGAGAUGGCAUCGGCAAGGAAGUUAUACCUGCUGGUCGCCGCAUCCUCGAGGCCCUUCCGUCAUGUCUGAACCUCAAAUUCGAUUUUAUCGACCUGAAAGCUGGCUUCGAGACUUUUGAGCAGACUGGUACUGCGCUUCCCGAUGCUACCGUCGACGUCUUGCGCAACGAUUGUCACGGUGCACUUUUUGGCGCUGUCAGCUCCCCGACCCAUGCCGUCAAGGGUUAUGCGUCGCCCAUCGUCGCCCUCCGGAAACGCCUCGACCUCUAUGCGAACGUUCGCCCCGUCAAGACUGUUAUGACGGCCGCCAGACCCCUUGAUAUGGUCAUUGUCCGCGAGAACACCGAGGACCUUUACGUGAAGGAGGAAAGGACGUACGAUGGACCCGACGGCAAGGUUGCCGAGGCUAUCAAGCGUAUAUCCGACAAGGCAUCCUUCCGCAUUGCAGCAAUGGCUGGUGAUAUCGCCCUCCGCCGCCAGAAGAUUCGAGAUUCGGGUGCGCAGAGCAUUCACAAGUCCCCAACCGUCACAGUCACACACAAAUCCAAUGUCUUAUCUCAGACCGACGGGCUCUUCCGUGUAGCCUCGAACCGGGCUCUCGCAGACCCGAAGUUUGCUUCGAUCAAGGUUGAGGAUCAGAUUGUUGACUCCAUGGUGUACAAGCUCUUCCGCCAACCGGAGGCCUACGACGUCAUCGUCGCGCCAAAUUUAUACGGCGAUAUUCUCUCCGACGGUGCCGCUGCACUCGUCGGUAGCCUUGGCCUGGUUCCCAGCGCCAACGUCGGCCAGGGCUUUGCCAUGGGAGAGCCUUGCCAUGGUAGCGCGCCCGACAUCAUGGGCAAAGGAAUCGCCAACCCAAUCGCGACUGUGAGGAGUGCUGCGCUCAUGCUUGAGUUUCUCAACGAGCCCGAUGCAGCAGCAAGGAUUUAUGCCGCUGUAGAUGCUAAUCUGGAAGCUGGCAAGCUGCUGAGCCCCGACCUGGGCGGCUCUGCUACAACCGACCAGGUUCUGAAUGACAUUCUGUCCCGAUUAUAGAGAGGUAGAAUAGAAGGAAAGACACGUUUGUGUAUUAUAAUAUAAGAUGGUAUACGUCAUAAUUUUAAUAAGACGAAGUUCUAGCA